AUUGUGCAUGUUUAUGUUUUAUUUUAUUUUUGCCAUAUCGAAUAAUAUAUAAAAUAAUUACAAGUAUGAAAAUGUGGAAACUAUUAUUGAUUUGUUUAUUAAGAAUUUCAAUAACAUAUUGUUGGGUUCACGAUGGUUUAAUAAUUGAAACUGAUUUAAUUAAAAAUAAUAUUAAUUUACCGGUCAACUACUUUUAUGUACAAUUUCUAAAUAUAUAUGGUCGAAAUGUUACUUUUUUAUCUGAAAGAGAUCAACAUUUGUUUAAUUUCACACUGCGAAGUAACUGUCGACGUUACUCUUUGGAUAAAAUCUAUACAGGUGAUGGAUUAUUCAUCUUACGGAUUCGAGCAUAUCAGGAGUGUCAUCAUAUUGAAUUAGAAUUGAAAUUCAGAAAUAAACACAUUAAAGAUUCCCCAAUUUGUAUUAGUUCAAUUUAUCCUGAAAAUUGCAAGUGCCCAAAAACCAUAAAAAAAAUUAAGUAUUUAAUGAAUUGUGGUGAUAAAAUUGAAGAGCAAAUUGAAAAAGAUUUAGAUAAUUUUAAAGAAAUUAAUUUUACAGAAAUGAGAAAUUAUGUCAAACAGAAUUAUGAAAAUUCUAGAUCAUCAUCAAUUUGCAACUAUGUUUUUAAAGAAAAUGAAAUUUAUCGAAAAUGUUAUGGACAGUAUGUAGGUUUUAAAAUGUUUGUUGAUGCUAUGCUUAUUUCACUAAAAAAUAAAGUUCUUCUUCCUGAUCUUGAAUUCUUUUUUAAUCUUGGUGAUUGGCCUAUAGUUAAAGCAACGUCAAGUGAAAAAUUUCCAAUAUUUUCGUGGUGUGGUUCCAAAUCUACACUUGAUAUUGUAGUACCAACAUAUGAACUAACAGAAUCAACUAUUAAUAUGAUGUAUCGUACGUCAGUUGAUAUAUUUUCAGUUCAAAAAGAAAAAUGGAGAUGGAAUGAAAAGAUAUCAAAAGGAUUUUUUAAAGGUCGAGAUUCACGAAGAGAACGGCUAGAACUUGUUUUAUUAGCAAAAAAAUAUACAAAUUUGCUAAACUGUACAAUUACAAAUUUCUUUUUCUUCAAAGACGAAAUUUCAAUUUAUGGUCCAAAAACUGAUCACAUAGCAUUUACAGACUUCUUUAAGUACAAAUAUCAAAUUAAUAUUGACGGCACUGUUGCAGCAUAUCGAUUUCCAUAUCUCUUAGCUAGUAAUUCAGUUGUUUUAAAACAAGAUUCUAAUUAUUAUGAACAUUUUUAUAAUAAGCUUGAACCUUUUAAGCACUUUAUACCAUUCAGUCAUGAUCCAAAAUUAAAUCUAAUUAAAAAUAUUAUUUUGCUCUCACAAAACGAUAAUGAGGCAAAAAAAAUUUCGAAAAACGCUCGUCAAUUUGUUUUCAACAAUUUGUCACCCAACAAUAUUUAUUGCUAUUACAUAACGCUACUUGAGAAAUUUUCUGAAAAAAUUGUUAGUCCUAUAAGCAUUUCAAAAGAUAUGGACAAGUUAGAGGAUAAUAGUAUAGAAUGUAGUUGUAAGAAAUAA